AUGAUAUUCGCGUGGGGUCCCAAAGAUAUGCCCGGGAUCGACCGCUCCAUCAUAUCGCAUAGACUGGCGGUAGAUCCCAGUUUCAAACCCGUUAAGCAGAAAAGACGACACUUGUCAGCUGAGAGGAGGGCAUUCGUGAAGACAGAAGUAGACAAGCUCCCAGCGAUAGGGCAUAUACAGAAGGCAAUGUAUCCGGCAUGGCUGGCCAACGCGGUCCUAGCCCCGAAGCCGCCCACAUGGCGCAUGUGCGUGGACUACACGGAUUUAAACAAGGCAUGCCCCCAAGACCCUUUCCCUUUGCCCCGCACGGAUCAGUUGGUAGACGAGACAUCGGGAUGUGAGUUGCUGAGUUUUAUGGAUGCGUUCAAAGGGUACCACCAAAUCUUCAUGGCAGAAGAAGACGAAGAGAAAACGGCGUUCGUGACCCCAGAUGGGAUAUAUUGUUAUCGGGUCAUGGCGUUCGGCUUAAAAAAUUCCGGGGCCACAUUUACCCGUAUGGUAGCAAAGAUAUUCAAGGACCUCCUGGGAAACAUAAUGGAGGCCUACGUGGACGAUAUGCUGGUCAAGAGCAAGGAUGCCGGUACCCACCCAGCAUAUCUGACUCAAUGCUUCGAGAUUAUGAAGUAG